AGCAGAGAGAGGAAGAGGUUAAGACAAAUAAGAAACACAUCUAAAGAUGAGUAUCUGUCUCAACCUCAGAACAUUGCUUCUUAACUUUGUUAUUACCUUGACAAUGCUUUCUCUAUCUCAUGAAGCAAGACAAAAUCUCGAUUCCCCUGUGAGAGCAGUUAGUCUUGGUGGUUGGCUCGUUACUGAAGGUUGGAUCAAACCUUCUCUCUUCGAUGGAAUUCCAAACAAGGAUUUCUUGGAUGGAACUGGUCUUCAGUUCAAGUCUGUGACAACAGGGAAGUAUCUGUGUGCAGAGUCCGGAGGAGGAACGAUCCUAGUUGCAAACCGCAGUGCCGCUUCGGGCUGGGAAACAUUCAGGUUAUGGAGGCUGAACGAGACCACUUUCAGAUUCAGGGUGUUCAACAAGCAGUUUGUGGGAUUAGAUGGGAUCAACGUUGUAGCUAUUACCAAUAUUUCAACUGAUUCUUUAACUUUCAAUAUUGUUAAGGAAAGUAAUAAAUCUAACCGCGUUCGAAUCAAAACAACUAGUGGUAGCUAUUUGCAGGCAAAGUCGGAGGUGAUGGUGAGUGCAGACAUUUCAAAGGUAAGCGGAUGGAGAGACGAUGACCCAACAGUUUUCCAACUCACAAUUGGUGGAAGGUUGCAAGGUGAGUUCCAGGUCACCAAUGGUUAUGGCCCACUCAAGGCUCCCCAAGUCAUGAAGGACCACUGGAACAGUUUCAUUGUUGAAAAUGAUUUGAAGAUGAUAGCGAGUAAGGGAAUAAAUGCACUUAGAAUUCCUGUUGGAUGGUGGAUAGCAAGUGAUCCAACUCCACCCUCCCCUUAUGUUGCUGGUUCCUUGCAUGCUCUAGAUAAUGCCUUCUUCUGGGCUCAGAAAUAUGGGUUGAAAAUUAUCAUUGAUCUUCACGCUGCACCUGGUUCCCAAAAUGGGUAUGAGCAUAGCUCCUCCAGAGACACUUCUCAAGAAUGGGGGAAAACAGAUGAGAACAUCCAACAAACCGUUAAUGUUAUAGAGUUCUUAGCUGCAAGGUACGCAAAAAGCCCAAGCCUGUAUGCGGUUGAGCUGAUAAACGAGCCUCUAUCACCAGGUGCCACCUUAGAGGCUUUGAACAAGUACUACAAAGCUGGGUAUGAAGCAGUGCGCAAACACUCAAAAACAGCUUAUGUUGUUUUGUCAAAUAGGUUAGCGUCCUCGGACCCAAGGGAAUUCUUCCCUGUUGCCAGUGGCCUCAUGAAAACAGUGAUUGAUGUCCACUACUACAGCCUCUAUGAAUCCAAAUUUGACAACUUAACCGUCCAACAGAACAUUGAUUUCAUCCAAACAAACCGCUCUUCGGACUUGACUUUUGUUACAACCUCAAAUGGCCCUCUUACUUUUGUCGGUGAAUGGGUUUCUGAAUGGAAAGUUAAUGGAGCUACGAAAGAGGAUUACCAAAGAUUUGCAAAAGCCCAAUUAGAUGUUUAUGGAAGAGCAACGUUUGGAUGGUCUUAUUGGACCUUAAAGAACGUCAACAACCAUUGGAGUUUGGAAUGGAUGAUCAACAAUGGUUACAUUAAGCUAUAAACAGCAGCUGAGGCAUUAGUGGCUCACUAGUCUAUCAUCAUGUAUCUUAAUAUAUUUCAUCUGUAUGAGUAUGAAUGUGUGUGUGAGUUGUAAGAAUAAAAAAAAAAAAAAAAAUUAUAGAUUGACGCAUGAAAAAGGGGAAAAAUAUAAAAUGAGUGUGUGAUCUCCAAAAAAUUUUCACAUUUUAAAGAAUUUCAUUUGAAAACAUAUUCUGAUUGUGAGGUUUUAGUUUUGGAUUCUCAAUCAGAGUUUUCUCUUGUAUUCAGCCACUGAUCUCGUGAUCCUUGAUAAUUGAUAUGAACAUAAUUAUAUCAA